AUGAUUAAUCGGCAUCCAGCAUCACAUGCCCAACUCGUCAAGUACAUGCGGUUGAGUGAGCUUAAGUUUGCAUUUUUAUCCACAUACGAGUGGUCGGUCUUCAUUCGCAGAACGGCUCCUUACGGGUUUGCCAUGUCAUUACCGAUUGGAAAAGAUGUAUCGAGCCCCAGCCUUCGACAGUGCUUCUUAGCUUUAGGCGUACUUGCUUCUAACGAUUGGAAAUUUGUUGAACCGCCCGAGUUCAACGUAGCCCAGGUGAGUUUUCCCGUUAAUAAUAGCGGUAAUCUCCUAGCAUUAGACCCCAGCUCCGCGUCCCGACGGAGCCUUCACUUCAAGCGUCCAUACGUCCGUCCGCUUUCCGAGACCAAAUCGGCACAAGGAGCUAUCCGACAUGCUUGGCUCGUCGUCGAUCCUUUACGGGGCCGACGACGUGCUCGCAACGACAACGAGCAUAUGCAUUCAGAGAUUUACAAGGCUAUCAAGGUACUGAGGCAAGGGUGUACGAUUGUUAUCGACUCCGGGAUGCAUAAUUUCUUAUACAACCCGGCAACCAAUGCUGUAACAAUGGUGGAUUUUGAGCUGAUGCAAGCAUGCGAGCCGGACACCAUGAGCCCUGACGAACCAGAGCUGUUUCACAUAUUCGGGGAUUACCUUCGUUACGAAGUUGGUUAG